AUGGAUGGAAACUCAAGAUCUUCAUCAAAACAAGCCAAGUUGUUGGUCAUGAAGAUGAGUCCUCAGAUUAAGAAGCUCUCCAUCAAGCAACAGAAUGAGCGUUUGGAGAUUGAGAACAAAAUAUUGGCGAUUGAGAACCAAAAAAUGCGCGAGGAGUUGAGGACAUACCGAUGUGCUGCUUGCUUGAAGAUUGAAAAUGCCUGCCUGAAAGUUGAGCUUGCACGCUCGUUUCGUAAUGCUGCUACAAUUCUAGAAGCUGAAGCACAAUCUGAACUGGAGGUUGGGUUUUCCUCUACAGCACCCCAGAUUCCAGCGGAUACUAGCGCAACUGGACCACUCCAGCCUAGUGCAGCAGGGGGUCAAGAUGAACCAUGCGAGUAA